AUGCCUGAACUGGAAACACAUUCAUCACCAGACGAGCUACCUGACACUGCUGUAUUAGAGGAUCUUGUCCAGGCAGGCGCGGACCGUGAACAGAGCCCCCUGAUGCAAGACGGGACUCAGACUACUGCCACAACUGCAGAUGGUGGGCGAGGUGGACUUGGAUGUCCGUCGGAGCACCAGGGAAGUGCCAACACCUCAGGAGCAGCGCCAAGUCCAUCCAUAAUACUUGAUACUGCCUGCUCAUCCAGUGCCUAUGCACUAGAAAAAGCUACCUCCAGCAUUUACAAUGGAUCAUGUGAUGCAGCAGUGGUUGUGGGCUCUAGCCUGCUACUUAACCCUCUUUAUUCAUCAAUGCUACAGCUCGUCAAUGCAAUAAGUCAACGAGGCAGUUGCAGCAGUUUUGAUGAAGCAGCUGAUGGAUAUCUAAGAAGUGAAGCAGUAGCAGCAAUAUUUCUUCAAAAAUCGGAUGUUGCUUAUCGUCAUUAUGCUGAAAUUGUGGCUAUUGGCACAAACACUGAUGGCCAUAAAACCACAAGCAUAUCUCAUCCAUCAAGAGAAAUGCAGUUACGUUUGUUUGAGGAGACCUACCGAUCAGCUGCUAUUGACCCAGCAAGUGUGGAUUAUAUUGAAGCCCAUGGGACAGGCACGAAGGGCAGGUGAUUGAGGCUUUGCCAUUCAGCACUUCAACAUUUCAUGUGAGGUUAUACUGGUAGCACCAACUUUCAUCCCCAGCAAUAAUCAUCGACAGAAGUGUGGGAUCAUGUCUG